UGUCUUUGACCUUAACAAACACUAAUGAUGUUCGUUUGUCUUGUAUAGACUUAUAUUUCUGAUAACAAUCUAUCAAAAGACACGAAGAUCUUUCUAUCAUCAAUAACAACAUAUCGAUCUCUUUUUUUUUUGCUGGCGACAUUUUCUAGUUUCUCUAUCUAUUGCCUUAAUCGCAUCUUUUCUGUGUUUUAUAUAUAUAUAUCAUCAUUUCUCUGUUAGAUAACUAAUUCUUCUUUGAUUUCUAUUUCUUCAAUCAGUUAACAUAUUUCCGUUGUGUAGUAAGAAUGCGUCCAGCUUUUGCAGGUCCAGGAUCCGCAGGAUCACGUUGGAAACCUACUCAAGAUCCUGGCAAAUUGGCGCCUAGUUCAAAUACAGGUGGUAAUCGACCCGGGGGAACUGAUGCGAACUCAACAUCAAAAGAUGGAAAUGCACAACAGAACACUGGUGGAGACAAAAAAGAAUAA